AUGUAACAAGGCAAUCAUCUCUAACAAAAGAAUAAGUGCUUCGAACAUAAUGAAAAUGCAGUUUUUAUUAGGACAUCAUUUACAAAUAAUAAAAAUCUCAAAUUAUGCUAUAAGUGCAUAAUAAAUUAGAAUAAAAAUCUUAUGCUCAUAGAAGAUGUAGAAAAAUAGUUUGAACAUUCGAAGAUUCAAAUAAUGAAAGAAAUAAAAAGUAAGAGAGAAAUAAAUACUAAUAUACUUAAGAAUCUAAAAGAAAACCUUCUAAAAUUUGAGACAUCAAUUUAAGAAAAAAUAAAAUAGAUCUAGUAAAGCAUUGAUGAAUAAUUGAAAUUAAUUUCAAAUACUAAUUUGGAUACUUUGAAUAGUUUAACUAUUUAUAAUUUUGAUGAAAUAGAAAAACCAUUGAUCUCAAAUACAGUUAAUUUUGAAAAAAUGAAAAAUAUGCUUAUCCAUCAAUAUUAGUCAUUAUCUACAAGCUGCUUUUUAAAAGUUAGCGGACAACUCUUAGCAAAAAUAGAAUUAGAAGAAGAAAAUUAUCAAUUUAGAUUAAACUAAGAACUUACUAAUUGUAAGAUUUAAAAUACUAUUACGCUACCAAAUAAUAAUUUGAUUUGUGAAAAACAUUAAUGCCAGUUGAUGAUGGUUGACAUAAGUGAAUAAUCAAAUGUACCAAAUAGAAUAGCAUGUUAUUAUUGUAUACCAGAAUAUGCAGCAAAAUAUACUUCAUUUGAAUAGUUUUAGCAGCUGUGGAUGAAAAAUAAAUCUAAAUUUCAAGAAUAAUUUAUUAUUCAUUAGAAAUAUGUAAACACUCAAAUAGAAAAUGCUAUUGAUUUAAUAAAUAAUUUUAAGGAAAAUCUAAUUAAGUUUUUAGAUGUCCAUCAAACUGCAUUAAUCUAGAUCAAGAAUAAACCUAAUUUAGAAUCAGUUUAUAAUAUUUACAAGUUAGUAGCAAAAGAAUGGAUUAAUUUGACUAAAUCAGAAAUCAUAGAGAUUGUCUAAGCAUUAAGUUAAAUAAAAAAUGAAUAAAUGGUAUGUAAUGAUAUAAAAGAAGAAUUCGAUUAAAAAUUAUGGAAAUUUCAGGAAUAUUCAAAAGUUUUACUUUAUUAAUUUGAAUCAAGGUAAAAAUAAUUUGUUAUGGACAUUCAAAAUAUUUUAGAUGCAGAAGAAGAAUAUAAAGUUUCUAAUUGUAGAUUUUAGGAUGAUUUUGAUAAAGAUACAAUUUCAACUUUUACCAAAAACCUAAUUAACUACGAUAUUAUUGAACAAAAUCCAAUGUUAGAUCAAAAUAUUAAUUCUAUUCUAUUCAGUCCUGACUCCUCAACUUUAAUUGCCGGAUGCUCCGAUGGAAAAGUAAAAGUGUUUGAUUUUAAAUCAGAAAAAUUAAUAUUAUUAGAAGUGCUACAUGAACAUAAAAAAUAAGUAGACUGUUUAUUAUUUAUGAAAAAAUCAAAGAAUUUUUUAUCUGGGAGCAAAGAUGAAUCAAUCAUUAUAUGGUCUGGGCCUCAUAAAAAUAAAGAAUGGAAAGUUAAUAUAAAAUUAAGGGAAAGUAAUGGAAUGUUAAAUUGCAUGGCACUUAAUAAAGAUGAAGAUUUGCUCGCAGCUGGUUAUGGAAGCACUUUAAAAUUAUGGUCUAAAGAAAAAGAUUGGAAAUUUUAAUAUUCUAUUUUAGAAGAGAAAAUAGAUAUCUCAAGUAUUUGCUUUAGUGAUUCUUAAAACCUAUUAGUUUCUUCAUCUCAGAAUAGUAAAUAAAUUUCUAUAUUUCAAUUAAGUAAACCUAAUAUAUGGGCAAGAUUCUAAAUCAUAAUGACUAAUGAUUGGGGAUCCAAUAUAAUAUUUUUAAAUAGCACAUCCUUUCUAUUUUAACCUUCUAACUAAGAUAUAUUGGAAAUAUAUGAUUAUAAUGAAUAAAACUAAAAAUUCGAGAAAUCAAAAGAAAUUAGAAUUGAAGUUGGUAAUCAGAUUAAUGCUUCAUCCUUUAGAUAGAUUAUUAAAUCUCAAGACUAACUCCUUUAUAAAGCUGGAUGCAAUCUUUAACUUUUGAGAUACUAAAAGAAUGGAUAAUUAAAUAUUGAAUGGUCACUAAAACUUAAGGAUGAAAGUUCAUUCUGUACACUGAGUGAAAAUACGAAGUAUCUAGCAACAUGGAAUUACAAUACGAAAGAAUUUGUAAUUAGAAAAUAUAAGGAAUGA